GGGCGGCUCAGUCCUCCACUGCCAGGGAGCAGAGCAGAGCCCAGCCUGGCCUCAAACACCAAUGGGACCAUGAACUCCAGCCACAGCUUCAUCCAGAGCGGCUCAGCCUCCCCGCAUGGGACAGGAGCUGGCCGCAGCUGGCCUAGGAGCUUCCCCCGGGCCUCCAGCGUCCAUGGUGGUGCAGGGGGCAUCCGAGUCUCUCUUUCCUCCUCCAGGCCGAGCUGCCUGCCCCUGGGAGGGUCUUGGGGAUCUGGAAGGGGUGGUCCCCUUCUAGGUGGAAAUGGGAAAGAGACCAUGCAGAACCUCAACAACCGCCUGGCCUCCUACCUGGGCAAGGUGCAGGCGCUGGAGGCCGCCAACCAGAAGCUGGAGAGCUGCAUCCUGCAGUGGCAUCAGGAGAGAGAUUCCGUCAGCAAGAAAGACUAUUCCCAGUACGAGGAAAACAUCAGCCACCUGCAAGAGCAGAUAGUGGACGGCAAGAUGACCAAUGCUCACAUCCUCGUUCUCCUCGACAACGCCCGGAUGGCGGUGGACGACUUCAGCCUCAAGUAUGAAAACGAGCACUCCCUAAAGAAAGACCUGGAGAUUGAAGUUGAGGCCCUGAGAAAGACCUUAGACGACCUGACCAUUGUCACUACAGACCUGGAGCAGGAGGUGGAGGGGAUGCGGAAAGAGCUAAUCCUCAUGAAGAAGCGACAUGAGCAGGCAGUGGAGGGGCGCUCUGUGCCUGAUGACUUCAAGGUCAGUGUGAAGGUGGAGGCAACGCCUGGGGAAGAUCUGAUCAAGGCGUUGGAGGACAUGAGGCAGGAAUAUGAAUUUGUAAUAAAGAAGAAGCACCAAGACUUGGACACUUGGUUCGAGGAGCAGGCCUCCCAGUCAGCGGCUGCGUCCCAGGAGGUGCCCGGUCCCGCUGCCUUGCAGGGCAACCAAAGCAACGUCCACGAGCUCAAGCGCACUUUCCAGGCCCUGGAGAUUGAUCUGCAGGCGCAGCACAGCAGGAAAUCCACCCUGGAGAGCAUGCUGUCGGAGACCCAGUGCCGGUACUCCUGCCAGCUGCAGGACAUGCAGCAGAUCAUCUCCCGCUACGAGAAGGAGCUGCUGCAGCUACGCCACAACCUGGAGCGGCAGAACAACGAAUACAAGGUGCUGCUGGGCAUCAAGACGCACCUGGAGAAGGAAAUCGCCACCUACCGCCGGCUCCUGGAGGGCGACAGCGAGGGGGCAAUGCAAGAAUCUAAGUCCAGCAUGAAAGCAUCUGCAGCUCCCAAGAUCAAGGCCAUCACUCGGGAGACUGUCAAUGGAAGAAUAGUUCUUUCUCAAGUGAAUGAGAUCCAAAAGCAUGCUUGAGGCCAAUAAAAGUUUCUGCCUGUUGUAAAAACUAUCUUUCCCCAAAGGAAGGUCCUUGCCUAGACACUGAUGGGUGAGUCCUAAAAGGUAUCCUUGGAGUUAUCAGCUCGGAAACUUCCAAUAUUUUUCUCUAUAACAAUCUCAUCCGACUUCCCCUAACGUUUUUGACAGACUGUUGAACUUUUCAAGUCAAAGUAUAAAUUUAUGAAUUGAAAGCUCUACUUGCCAACUGCGGUCUUCAGAUUCCCAUCAAUGUGCAUCUGGUUUGUAGCCAAUAAAAACUGUACACACUC